CUGCAGCGAUUCGAAGAUCUGCGUCUACGUCCCAUCAUCAUUUGUGCAGCUUGAUCUCCGGGUUAAGAUGGCUGAACGAGUGAAGCAAGUGGCCGCCGAAGAGGCCGAGCACGUUCGCAAGAUAGCUCACGAGGCUGUGAAGUCGCGGGCCUACCUCUAUCCCUUCAAGGGUAUUUUCUACUUCGUCUCCCAUAAAGACCUGUGGAAGCCAUUGACCUCCAAAUUGGGUCCGACGAUCACGCUGAGCGUUGGAGUGACCACGUUCAUGUUCCUCGUGGCGUACGUGCCUCAAGCAGCCGUCAUGGCCUUCACUUCUGGGCCUGUCGCAGCCAUCUUAGCCGCCCUGCUUACCCUCAGCGAGAGCUCAACUCUCAUCAAUCUCCUCUCAAGAACUUUUUUGAUUGAAGAGGCAUUGGUCGAUACCUUUGACGGUACCCUUCUUUCCCGAGAUUGCACCAAUCUGGUUGAGGAGGGCAGGCAAAUAAAAGCUGGAGGAGAUAACAUUGCCAGACUGGGAAAGCUGCUGAAGCGGCCAUUCGCAAAAUUCACCCCCAACGCCAUCAUCCGCUAUCUCAUCUACCUGCCACUCAACUUCAUUCCCGUGGUCGGCACAGUUAUUUUUAUCGCCCUCCAAGGCAAACGAGCAGGUCCAGCCGCCCAUACCAGGUACUUUCAGCUCAAGGAAUGGAACAAGAGGCAGCGGGAGCUGCAUGUUGCGGAACAUCGCGGAGGAUAUACCGCGUUUGGAGUGGCGGCCUUUCUGCUAGAGAUGAUACCAUUUGCAAAUCUUGUUUUCGCUUUCACAAAUACUGUGGGAGCAGCCCUGUGGGCUGCAGACAUUGAGAAGAAUGCCACAACAGCGCCAAAGGUCCGUGACCUGGCUGGCAAGGCAGAGUGAUGACGACUCCAGGAACCAUAAGCCUCAGACCGGUUAUCGAGACGCCAUUGAGCAGUGCUACACAAGCAUUGGGCUUAUCCAGGGACCUGUUGCGGAGCGGCCGGUGAUGGAGGUAAGCAGAGGGCAGCAAGGCUGGAACACCAGAGACCAUUUCUGGAACGCUUGUGAGGCGGUGGCAAGUCCAGUGACAGUUGAAACGACUUCUAUUUCCAUGGACUAGGCGGCGUGUGCAACCAUGGAUCUGUCUCUGUCCAUCCUCGGCAGCGGACGGAGG